GGGAACAAACGUAAGAAACCCUCUUUCUCCUCUCAGGUUUACAUAAUGCUGCUAAAAUAAAAAAAGAGAGAAGAACUCUGAAAAGUGGGCCUUAACUCCUCAUUCAAGGCCAGGAGAGUAGGGCUCCCAAGAACAAAUCCUUCCAUAUCACUGUGUAAAUAGAGGGAGCUCUUGUCAUGUACAGAAAAUGCCGAUGUAAUAUACCAAAAGGAAGUGAAUACUGUAGAUUUUUUUUAAUUAUUGCUAUUAUUAUUAUUAUUUUCUCUUGUUAAAAGCACUGCAGUCCUUGGAGGAGGGGAAAGGGGAGUGUGAGUGCAUGUGUGUUGUGGGUGAGAGAGAGAUGAGCAGUGAGUUACGUUAGAUAGCAGCUGUAUAUAUCAGGCUGACUGACACAAGUACAUGAGUGGAGUGAAAUACUAGUGAAGUGAAUUCUAGAAAAGACUCAUCUGCUGGUUUUAUUCCCCUCUUCCCUAGUUGUUCUUUAACUGAAUGCAAACUCAAUAGCAAACAUUUUAGCAAGGAGAUUGGCUCUUGCUGGAACCUGUACGUACUUCGGGUAGGACUCUAGCAAAAAAAAAAAUUCAGUCUUUUUGAACAUUCUCGGUAAAAACAAAACUCCUCUUGGAGCAGCAAGCUUGUUUCCUUACAUUUGCACAAAGUCAGGCUUCCCAUCAAACAAAGAAAGGGAAUCUGCAGUUUUCAAGGAAGCCUCAUUUUGCCUGGCCUGCACAACCCACCACGUCUCCACAUUCCUGCCUUUCGACAGACUGACAUUAAUACAUGUGCACUAGAGGCUGUGCGAAGUGGCUGCUUCCCUUUCUCCAGAAUGGUUAUCCUGUUGCCUUGGAGAUGAUCCUGCUGCCUUAAAUGUAGGGCAGAAGAUUAAUGGUGCGGGCAGUAUGGACCUAAUGAAUGGACAGUCAAGCAGUGUUAAUAUUGCAGCUACUGCUUCCGAGAAGAGUAGCAGCUCUGAAUCCCUAAGUGACAAAGGCUCAGCUGAACUGAAGAAGAGCUUUGAUGCAGUGGUAUUUGAUGUUCUCAAGGUUACACCAGAAGAAUAUGCAGGUCAGAUCACGCUAAUGGAUGUCCCUGUGUUUAAAGCAAUUCAGCCAGAGGAACUGGCGAGCUGUGGGUGGAACAAAAAAGAGAAAUACAGUUCUGCACCAAAUGCAGUUGCUUUCACCAGAAGAUUCAAUCAUGUAAGCUUCUGGGUGGUUAGAGAGAUUCUACAUGCGCAAACCUUAAAAAUCAGAGCUGAGGUUCUGAGCCACUAUAUUAAAACAGCUAAGAAACUGUAUGAGCUGAAUAAUCUGCACGCUCUGAUGGCAGUUGUGUCGGGCCUACAGAGCGCUCCAAUCUUCAGGCUGACUAAAACGUGGGCGUUACUGAGUCGGAAGGAUAAAGCCACAUUUGAAAAGCUGGAGUACGUUAUGAGUAAAGAAGAUAAUUACAAAAGGCUUAGAGACUAUAUCAGCAGCUUGAAGAUGACUCCGUGUAUCCCUUAUUUAGGUAUUUACCUCUCAGACUUGACAUAUAUUGAUUCUGCAUACCCAUCAACAGGGAGCAUUCUGGAAAGUGAGCAAAGAACAAAUUUAAUGAACAACAUACUUCGAAUUAUCUCAGAUUUACAGCAGUCCUGUGAAUAUGAUAUUCCUCUGUUGCCUCAUGUCCAAAAAUACCUAAACUCAGUUCAGUACAUAGAAGAGCUACAAAAGUUUGUAGAAGAUGACAAUUACAAACUUUCGCUAAAGAUAGAACCAGGGACCAGCACCCCACAUUCUGCUGCUUCCAGAGAAGACUUAGUAGGCUCUGAAGUUGGAGCAUCUCCACAAAGUGGACGGAAAAAUGCUGCAGCUGAAGGAGCUUUGCUGCCGCCAACACCCCCUUCACCUAGGAACUUGAUACCACAUGGACAUAGGAAAUGUCAUAGUCUGGGAUACAAUUUCAUACACAAAAUGAACACGGCGGAAUUCAAAAGCGCAACAUUCCCCAAUGCAGGACCAAGGCACCUACUGGACGACAGUGUCAUGGAACCUCAUGCCCCAUCCAGAGGGCAGGCAGAAAGCUCCACCCUUUCAAGUGGAAUUUCAAUAGGUAGCAGUGAUGGUUCUGAACUUAGUGAAGAGACCUCGUGGCCAGCGUUUGAAAGGAACAGGUUGUACCAUUCUCUCGGUCCGGGGACAAGAGUGGCACGAAAUGGCUAUCGAGGCCACAUGAAGGCCAGCAGCUCUCUAGAAUCUGAAGAUUUGGCUGUUCAUCUGUAUCCAGGAGCUGUUACUAUUCAAGGUGUCCUCAGGAGGAAGACUUUGUUGAAAGAAGGCAAAAAACCUACUGUAGCAUCUUGGACAAAAUACUGGGCAGCGCUGUGUGGCACUCAACUCUUCUACUAUGCUGCAAAGUCUCUGAAGGCUACUGAGAGAAAACAUUUCAAAUCCACACCAAGUAAGAAUGUGUCAGUGGUAGGCUGGAUGGUGAUGAUGGCAGAUGACCCUGAACAUCCAGAUCUCUUUUUGUUGACCGAUUCUGAGAAGGGAAAUUCAUAUAAGUUUCAAGCUGGAAACAGAAUGAAUGCAAUGCUCUGGUUUAAACACCUGAGUGCUGCCUGCCAAAGCAACAGACAACAGGUUCCUGCCAACUUGAUGACUUUUGAAUAAUAGGCUAAUUCAAAACAAAAAUAAAAGAGAACUAUUUGAACCAUCUCACAAUUGAGAAUGAGGUCCUGAUGAAAAAUGUGCCAGCUGUAUUCUGUGCCAGAACGGAGCCUUUCAACUCGAUCUCUGAACUCUGGAGCCCUGAACAAACCACUAAUGGUUGGGGAGUAAGUCCUCUAAGGAAAAAAUGGAGUUGCAACAUGAAUUGCCGUGGACCAUGCUUCAUAAUAUUCUCUGAACUGACCUGUGGAAACCACUGCCUUAAAGAGUGAAAGGACAACCAACGUGAAACACCAAAUAGUGCGUGUGAAACUUCUGGCGGUGCUGUGCUUGAGUUAAAUAGAUUGUAGCUAGUUUGAGUUUCUUUUAACUUUAUACUAAUUUUGAAAAAUAACUCACCUUUUUAGGUAUUCUUCAGAAAACAAGAAAAUUGAUGUUGAAGGGUUGUAUCAAAAGCUGGGUUUGAACCAGGUAAAAGAGGUACUACGCAUUCUAGAGAUGUUGUUCAGACUAUACCAGGAGUUCUCAAUGGGAGCUUUCCCCAGGCACUCGUAACCUGGAGCAGCAUCAUUUCUGUCAGACCUAAGAGUAUGAGAAUUGUAACAAAUGCAGCUUUAAAAUAGUAAGCUUGCAAACCUUAGUACUGUAUGGGAGCCGUAGUCCCGGCAAGUGGCACAAAGGCUGAGCACUUAGACACCAAAAACUUUUUUGGUACGUUGUUACCUAAUUCCUGGUUAAAACGUAGUUCACGUGUUUUGGGUGACCGGUGUGUGUGAAAGAGACGUCUGAAAGCAUUGUUGGGUCAGAACUGAGCGUUUUCAUCCCUUUUUAUUUCUACGCCUUUCACGCUUCUACACAUGAAGCUUCCCUGACAAAAAGCAACACCUUGCUGUAGUUCACUGAGGCGUUUUACUUCUCUAUACUCUACUCUAGAUGGGUAUCUAUUAAUUACCAGCUAGGGAACACUGUCAGUGUAAGAUGUGUCAUAAUAUCACUUAAAAGGCCUACAUUUUAAAAUGAUAGAGGCACAAUUUCAAGCUUUCAUGUUCUCAUUUUGCAAUUACUGGUUUUAUUAUCUGUCUUAGUCAGAAUAGAUGACAUUGUGCAUUAUUGAUAACACGGCCUAGAGCAGACCUUUUAUGUACAGAAGCUGUUUGGAUCUUCAGGAAAGUACAUAAUUUAAUUGAGCAUGGAAUAACUUAAAGAAAAGAUGUGGGACUAUCAGUAUUCCAUUCUUGACAGAAAUGAUUCUUGGUCACUGAAAUUACUCUCAGAAAAACAUUCUGAUUGUAAAAAGGGAGCCACACUGUACCAUGUGUGUUUUAUGCAUAAGAAUUUAGUUCUUGCUUUAUUUGAAUUUCCUUGAAGUCGGAUAGAAUUUCUUAGAUGGUUAGUCUUUAUUUAAUCUUCAGAAAUAUGAUCUUUUUUUAAAGCCAGGAAACAUUGUCCAAAAUCCAAAUCUCGUAUCGGAACUUCUAGUUUGUGAAAAAGUAGUAAAUGCUCCAUUGACAUCGUGGUUUAGUGGCCGUAAGUAAGCUUGCAGACUCCACCGUGAUGCUCCUUUUUGAAAAGAAACAAACUGUCUACCAGUCUGUGGCAGAGUUCUCUGACUAUGUAAUAAAGGUUUCUAGUAGUAGUGAUUAUUUUGAAAAACGUACAAUUCAUUUGUUGCAGCGGAGUAGAAACCUGUCAGUUCACUUUCUCAUUUUUCCAGAGUCAAAUUAAUCUCUUAAUGGAAAUGAUAAAUUUCUGAUUUCAAGGGGGGGGAAAAAAGAGGAUGAUGUAAUCUCAUAUUAAACAAACAACAACAACAAAACAACAAGAAGAAAGAACCCCUUGGUGAUGUGGAGUAAAUAGUAAUAGCCUGUUUUAUGUUUCCAAGAGUUGUUCUUGUGGAUUGGCUCUUGGUAGAGGAAAAAACAGUAGAAGGAUAUUUCUGUUAGAAUUGCACCAGAAGUACCAUAUGCAUUUGUGUCCCUUUCAAUUUCUUAUUUUUUUGGUGGGCAACGAAUAGUCUGUUCUGAUCCUGAAGUCGUGUAUUUUGGAAAGAGGUUUCUUGUGCUGAAGCUCUCUUGUCUUCAGUUCUCAUGUCUCCCAAAUUAACCCAUGUUGGGUAUGUAGUUAAUACAACAUCUUCAUAGCCAGCAGUGUUACUGUAGUAGAAUUUGCACAAUUUCAGUUUGGGUCUUUCAUUUAAACUACUUAACGUGUGCUUCUUCUCAACAGCUAAGUGUUUUUUAACAUGUGUGUACUUUUUUAAACAUUGUGGAUAAUAGCCCUGUGAAUUUUGAAUUUUUUAAAUAAGCUAAGAUAGGUUCAUUGCCGCAUAAGUGUAUCUGUUCUUCUGUUAGCGAAAGGAAACACGCAGCCGGGAGCCGCAGCCUGACAUCUCUCAGCUUUGCUAAAGACAGAGCCAGAUCAGAAGGGGAUGUUUCUUAGUGGGUUUUUGUAUUUUUCCAGCUGUUUUGCGUUAGGUUUUUGUGGUAGGAGGAUGGUGGAGAAAAAGCUGCGCAAAUCGUCUAGCAAAUUGUUGUUACGAGCUUUCUUCUUGGGCUUCCUACUCUCCAUCUUUAUUCUUCUACCCUCAGAUACGCCUUUUUUCAUGGGGCAGAUUGACUCUCUUUCUUAAAAUGUUUCAUUAGAGUAAUUGGAGAGAAUAAUGACAACACAGAAAACAUUAUUGGCCUUGGUUACAAUGAGUAGUUCAGUGCUUCCCUCUGGUUUAUGUCACGUUUAGUCCAGUAGUCCUACAGGACACAGAAAUACUGAAGUGUUACAUAUUUGGAGAUGGAUGAUCCUUAGGAAGGAGUGAUGGUUUGCUCACCUAAGGGAAAACUGCCUCAGUUAAGCUUUGGGAAGAAUUAGACAAGUCAUAUACACCAUAAAGAACAUAAUAAUGUUCCUCUUUAAUAAAUAAAACUAGAGCCAAGAAAACAAUGGCAGCAAUGAGUACGUGUUGUUCGGGUAAGACUGUUACCCAGACUGUCUCAGUUGACUGUUUCUCUUCGCUUUAUGUUGUAGUGUGUUGCUGCAAGUCUUUAUCUUGUCAAUAACUGCUGAACUAGUUCAGCUAAUCUUUUGACACUUUUUUCAUAAUGUGUUGGUUUUGAAAUUAAAGAUGCCCCUUACAGUUUCCUGAUUACAAGAAUAGGAACAAAAAUCGUUCAGAAUAGGUCUUCAUAGCAGUGCUUUAAAUGUAAGUGUUAAUCACCUGCAGGCUACUAACAACUUUUAUUAGUUAAACCAUCAGUCUUGGGAAAGAUUGAGCAGCAGAGAAUGUCUGGUUUAAAAAACUGGUGCAAAUGCAUUAAAAUACAUUAUGCUAUUCUUGCUACUAGUUAAAUGCUUACUGCUACCUUUUAUCUUUCUAGCUUAAUCCUUUUUAAUUUUAGCUCGGUUUUUCAAGUUUGGCUUCUAUGCCUGUGUUGUUUGAAAGCAAAUAAGGAGUUAUAUCUUUGAAAAAAUCUGAUAAUUUGAGGAAACAUAGCUCAUCCCAGGCAUGUAUUUAAU